CGAGGCUUCCGCUCUCUUCCAAAAAUCCCAAAACGUUAUCAGUCGGCGCAAAGAGAGAGAGAGAGAAAUGGGAGUUGUGAUUAUCGACGGAUUAACGGUUCGGAACUUCGUGAACGACGAAGAUCUGUUCAACCGGGCGAUCGACGAGCGGUUCGCGGAUCUGGACCUCAACCACGACGGCCUCUUGUCGCGAUCGGAGCUGCGGAAGGCCUUCGAGUCGCUCCGCCUCAUCGAGUCCCACUUCGGCGUCGACGUCUUCACGCCGCCGGAGGAACUCUCCAGGCUCUACGACUCGAUCUUCGCGAACUUCGACGCCGACCACAGCGGCAGCGUCGAUCUCGCCGAGUUCAAAAGCGAGGUGAGGAAGAUCAUGCUGGCCAUAGCCGACGGUCUCGGCUCGUCGCCGAUUCAGAUGGUGCUGGAUGAGAGCGACGGCGAUAAGAAUUUCCUCAAGCAAGCCGCCGACAAGGAGGCGGCGUCUCAGAUCUCCGGCUGAAUGUCUCAGAAACCAACUAUGGAUUCGGCAGGUUAACGCGAAUCCCCUGAAACGACUGUGUUUGGAUUGUAAAUUCAGUUGAAUAACAUGCCUCUGUAUAUUAAGUAAAUAAAUUAUGCUAAACAUUUGUGCGUUUAUGAUUAAUCUUUUAGUAUAAUGUGAUUAUUUGUUGUUAAUAGAAACAUAGAUUUUGAUGCAUAGCUCGGAUACAAAAGUAUAUAUAAACCAAUCAAUCGAUAACAAUUUCUCUAAUAUAAAUCUUGCGGUUCAUCGUAACUGGAUGUCUUUAGCUGGGAGGAUGAUCUCUUCAGGUUAGGGUUGGAAAUCGUCGGAGGAGGACGGCCGCCGUCUCUGGCGGGAAGGUCGCUGAGGACGGACAUCAGGCGGCGGAAACUGACGGAGCGGGCGGGUUUCGAAAAGACGCCGGGAGAGUUGGAGAGGAUUAAGUAGACCAAAAGUUGGACCACGAGAAACAAUCCGACCUUCACCAGCACGCCGCCGCCGCCGCCUUCCGUAUACUCUAUCAUGGUAUCGAUUAAGAGGAAGAGGAUCGAACAAUCCUUUAUGAAGAAAUUUCAACAAUGAAGAAGGGAAAACGGAGAAGAUUUUGUUGCCUCUUAAUGGUUCAGAUGUCUGAAUGGUUAAGAGAUUUGCCUCUGAAUGGUUAAGUAUUAUACAGAGUCUGAAUGGUUAAGAGCUGUUAUCUGAAUUGAUCAGACAUUUGCCUCUGAAUAGUUAAGCAAUAUACUAGCUCUUAAUGG